GAUUGCUAAACUUGUGUCCAUAACUUGUGUCAACAAUCUAGGAUUAAAAGUUUGACAAUUAGAUAGAACUAAUUAAUUAGCUAUAGUAUUGGCAUACAACUUUAUUGCUGUUACUAAUAUGAACCCUGGAGCGAGUCAUGAAACAAGGAGAGCAUGUCAAGUUUGAAAUUCAACCCAGGUUAAUUUUCUACAGCAAUGAUAACAUCAACUGCUUGUUACCCAAUUUCUUUGAUUACAGCCCAUCACAAAUACAAAUAAAUAAAUAGAUAAAUAAACUGUUUCGAAAUUUGGGAGUGUAUGGUAACAGGUAAGGACCCCAAACUGUUAAGAAACCGAAUGGGAAAGUUCUAAACUUCAAAAAGGUGAAUGAAGAUGGAGAGGGAAUAGUCCUUUUCUGUGUGCAAAAGCCAGCCAAUCCCUUUGGCUUAAGUCUUUUAGACGCUCAAUCAGAUAAAAAAAAAUAUAAUAGUACUUGUAAUAAAAAUAAAAGGCCACAGAAAAGAGAAGAGAAAAGCCCUUUUCUUCUUCCAUCUUCUCUCUGCAUUCUUCCAUCUAUUGCUGCCCCUUCGUAAUCAUGACUCCUUGUGCCAUCAUUACUAUGAAAAGCCUCUUUCUUUUUCUCUCUCUAUCUCUUUCUUUCUUUCUUUCUUUCUCUUUCUUAUUUUCAGAUACAAAUACGAUAUCCCAGCUAUAUAACACCUGGUUUCUCUCCUUUGUUGGAGCACGCAAGAUAACCCAAUAAUCUCUGCCAGGUCCCAACCCUCUCUUGUUUUCUCAGGUUUUUCCCUGUGUAAAACAAGCCCUUUUUUGUCCUCUCAAUCUUAAACAUGUGCAUUUACUCUUCAGAGUCGAUUCCAAUCCAUUCUUUCUGUCGAAAACGUUCUUCCAAUCGACAUAACAUUCGUGUUCGAAGACUCAACAGUAUUUACUACUUAAAAAAAAAAUGCAACAGGUGGAGAAGGUCAAGGAAGGGAGCGGGAACAAAGAAGAUGGCAGUCAGCAAUAUUAAAACAGAUAUGCAAAUGAGGAACUUGAAACUAUACAUGGAGAACCAAAGCAUCAUAGAAGAGAAUGAGAGGCUGAGGAAGAAAGCUCUUCUCCUUCAACAGGAGAACCGAACCCUGUUGGCUCAGCUACAGAAGAAGUUCUCUAAUCCCCAAAAUCACUCCUAAAAACCAAGAAAUAGCCCGCUAGCUCAUCCGCCUUGAGUAAAUACUAGUACCAUAUAAUAAUAUAGCACUAUGCUGAUGGAGAGAAUAUAGGAAGAACUAAUGAUGGACUACGUAUUACAUAAGGGGAAGUGUUAGAUGUCUCAAACCUCAGUUCAUUUCUUUUUGGUUUUUUAUUUUUAUAGAUUCGGGGGAAUAAUUUUCGAGUUUGAUUUGUGUAUUAAUUGUAUUGAGAUAUAACAUAGAAGUUUAAUGCAGAGUGUAUUGAGAUAUAACAGAGAAGUUUUAUUUCUUUUAUCAACAACUGGGGAUUUGUUAGAUUAUUAUAAAAGAGUUAAGAGGCAACAGAGACAAAUCCAUUAUCUAUAGCCCAAAAGUGCGAGCAAAUCAGCAAAUGAAUAAGCACUUUUUGAUUCCAUCUUCCUUGCUCGUGUAUUCCAAAUAAAGGAUAUAGUACUCUUGCCCUCUAAUUAAGGAAGCUCUUUGCCCUUUGGGUAUUCGUUAA